GAUGACGAUGUUUUUGAGGAUAUAGUAAAGGACCCCUCCACUGGGGUGCUAACCAUCAUAUAUGAAACAGAAUCUGUCUCCAUGGUAGCCUCUCCUGAGUCCCAACUAUCAUCUCUGGGUUCAUCGGACUCACUGGAUACCAUCGUCCUUUCAGACAGCCCUUCCAGACAGCCCUUCCAGAAAGUGUCAGAGGCUGUAUUCAGAGGCUAUGCAACUGGUGAAAUCCAUUCUUACCAAGAAAUCUGGUGGAGAAUAUAUAAUUAAUGAAUACAACCGAACUAAGACCUUGGCAGAUGAGAGCAGAAGGAAAAUGGUGAACAUACUGGCAGCUGAUAUGACGGAGAAGAAUGGUACAUCUCCACCCAGACAGGUGAAAGAAAUGUAUGCGAGAGGAAUUGUGAGCUUGUUCCCCUACCUCAGAGACCCAUUCUCCAAGAAUGGCUAUGUUGAACAAGAUUUUGCUCUGAUGUUUGGAGAGGAUGUAUCAGGCAAGUUUCUGGAGAAGUGGUCAACCACAUUCAAGAAGAAGAUCAUCCAACAAUGCAGAACGAUUCCCUCCACCAGUGAGCUUAAGGAACUCCUUCUGGCAGCUGAUCCUUCUGAGGAUGGGGAUGAAGUGGAUAUUGACUAUGGUCACCCUCUUCUCUUGGUGCUUCUGAUGAACUUUUUAAGGUACACUUCGUGUUUGAGACAUCAUACAACACCAUGCUCCACAACAUGUACACGUUCAUCCAAGCCACUGUGUACAACAUUGAUGUUGGCAAAUUUUAUGCCGACCUAAGGUCAGUGUUUUUAUAUUCUGUACCUGAUGUUGAU